GUGCUGUUGAGUGUGUCUAUAUCAGUUGCACUGUACGUACUGUAGUUAUUUACUGUAGCUAUGUCCAUACCGAAACGGCGUCUUCAAGCUCAAAUUUCAACUCCAUCUUUCAUCUUUCAUCUUUCAUCUUUCAUCUUCAUCUUCAUCUCCGUCUUCAUUCAUCUUCAUCCUCAGCUCAUUUUCCGCUCAACGCUUGCAUCCUUCGCCCAGCAGUCGCACACUGAAGGCAAGCAUUGGCAGUACGAGCCAAUAUCUCAAGCUAUUAUUAGCGACUUACCUCGAUCGCACACACUAUAGAUAGAUAUUAUAUUGACGUUAUUUUUUUCUAUAGUUAUAGCUCUUGGCUCCGGCGUGCGUGCAGAAGCAGAAGAAUCCGGUUGGAUGGAGAUUCAUUCCUCCGCCGCGUCUUAUCAAUCAUGAUGUCGAUGACUCGUUUCAUUCGCAUAAGCAAGCUGGUGCUACCCGGGCUGCUAUCUCAGAAAAAGCAAUUAUCCCCACUGCAAUUGACGCUAAUCCUGGGGACGGACUGGGGACGGCGGGACUGCGGACUCGGGAGAGGGAGAGGGAGAGGGAGAGGGAGAGGGAGAGGAGAGCUUGACCUCUCCAGUAGUAACUCACUCAUAGUUAUCUUAUGUAUUAUUAUUAUUUUUAAUUCCGCUUCCUGCAGGGCUUGUAAAUUAUUUUUUAUUAUAUUAUUCUUCUUUUUUCUCUCUUGUGAGACUGUUAUUAUUAUUACUUAUUGCUUGUUACUCAACAUAUAAGUACUCCGCACAUACAUAUACUCAUCAUCCUUAUUUCACAUAUAUAUACGGAGUAUAUAUAUAUAUAUAUAUAUAUCUCUCUCUCUCUCUCAUCCUUCCCCGGACAGACAAAGAAAACACACAUACAUCUCUUUUUCUUUUUUCUUUUUUCUUUUCCGCACUUGUUUAACAGAAUAGAUAAGGGAAAAAGUAUAAUUAAUUCUACAUUUAGAACUCUUUCGCCGCCCAACUCAACUGCCCAAACCCUAAGAACCAACCCCCCAACACGCUUAUUUUUAUUUUUUUUAUUUUUUAUUUAUUUUCUCCGACUCCUUAUUUAUUUAUCUAUUUCCUCUCCUCUGUCUUUGCUUUGGUUGUUGCAUCGUUGUUGCUGGUGUCUCCUUUCUGUUCUUCCUCCCUCCAAAACUGCGCUCUUCUUCUUCUUUGCCGGACUCCGAUCGAGCCUCCGCCAACUCCGCCAACAACAACCUCGCCCUGAGUCAAUCUGCCAAAACUUCUACCAAAACUUCUCCCAACCCCCAACCCCCAAAACCCUUCUCCCGUCGAGCUGCCUGGCUCUCUUUCCCACGUCUUACGCCCAGCGGUUAUUCCUUCUAACAAGUUAGAGCCCUCUUGAGGCGAUAUCGCCGUCAAUCGCGCUUCAGCCGAUCCAGCCGAUUCGAGAACCAACGUCUCCUCAUCCAGAAACGAAACGAGCGGCCUCUUCAACAGAUCGCCGCCUCCAUGGUGCAGUCCGCCUCCGAUGACCGCGCCGUCCAGCUGGCUAGAGAAGCCGUCGAAUUAGUUGAUGCAGGCCAUCGAGAGGCCGCUUCAAGAAACCUCCGCGAGGCGAUCUCCCUGGCUCCAGAUAACGACGAAGUCAAAGCUGCCUUCAAGAAAAUAUCGGAGGACGAAGAGACAAACCACGUACUCGUAAACCUCUGCCGCCGGUAUGUCACCCACAAAGACGAAAGCGCCGGUCGCGACGCCGCCGUACGCCUCCGCGUUGAUGGCCUGCAGCCUCCCCCUGAAGCUGCCCUCGAUACCCUUAACCUCAUCCUCUCCUGCCCCGCCACGAGCCUCUCGAAUAUCCAGGACGAGAUAAUUACCGCCCUGGUGCGGAACAGCCCCCAUAUUCGCCGCCACUUUGCCGCCCAGCUCCAACUCUCCGUUACCCAAUUCUUCGACGAGAUCUACGACCGGGGAGAUGGUGCUGUCGUAUGUUUGGAUACUGUGGUGCUGGAUACGGCGCUCUGGCAGUCCGAACAAGUCCGCAACCACUGCAAAAGUGAGCUGUUCCAGCUCUUUAUUGCCAAGCUCAUGGAAUCCGGACAUGACCUAGACGGCCGCUCCCUUAAGGGGAUUGCCCGACUUCUUGCAGUCGAUGCGGAGAAUCUGCAGCACUUGGUUGACGAGGAGUGCUUUGAUGCCAUUUUGUCUUCCCUGGACCUGAGGUUGCCCAGUGACGUCCGCAGCCAGGCCACAUUGGCAACCGCCAAAUACCUUGAAGCUGCGGGGGAGAACGGGCAGACACUUUUCUCCAAAAUCCUUACGGCUCGUGUUGCGAGACAGCGGAAUGACGACUAUAUCUUUGCUUUCUCUGCCGCCGCUGCUGUCUUUCCUAUUAUCCCCUCCAUCACUGCAGCUCUCUUCUUGACUAAGGGAUUUGUCCAAUCUCUUCUUGCCUUGCUCGAACAGAAGCGUAAAGGUAUCACCGUGGAACGCGCUGUACUGGAACUGUUUAACGCCUCCUGCAUCGACAAGCAGUGCCGCGAAGCCAUUGAUAAGCAUUGCGCAGACUGGCUCUCCCAUACGCUCAGCAAUGGAGCCGACGAACGCGCAGAGCUCGCUGCUGUUAUCUUGGCCAAAAUCAGGGCCUCUGAAAAUGAUGCCAAUCCGAAACCCUCGACUGCUGCGUCGAGGAUCCGGGCGGAGGAAUCGUCAGGUAGUUCCCAUGAUCUAGUUGAAAGAUUUAAAAUCCUCCUAGCUAAGCGUCCGCAGAAAGGAGACUUCCAUCAUUUGGUUGAGGGCUUGGCAUUUUCCUCCGUCAAGCCAGAGGUCAAGGAACAGCUGGUUUCCAAAGGGUCGACUUUCCAGUCAGACCUAGAAGCUAUACUCAAAAACAAUGUUACCGACGCAUCUCUCGUUUACGGCGGACUCAUGAUCAUCCAUAAUCUCACAAAAUACCGUCCUAAUUUAUCUGAAGAACAGAAGAAAAUCUCCCAGCUUAGAUCGUACGCGAACGCAUCUUCCCAACCUGCAGCGUCUAAUCCCCUGGACGACGACAGCCAUGUGAAGGAGCGCUGUACAACGGUCAUCAAUGCUGGUAUCAUGCCUCUACUCAUCGACUGCAACAAAGCCAACACAGCCUCCAACUCCAUCCAAGAUCUGACCAGCAAGAUCCUACUCUCCCUCUCCAAAGCCCCACAAACCCGUGGAAAACUCGCCCAACAAGGUGCCAUCAAACUACUCCUAUCCCUCAUCUCCUCCCGCACAGAGAACAGCACCAACUACCGAGCAAACGACGAACCAACCCAAAAUGCCGCCCACGCUCUCGCCCGCAUCCUCAUCUCCGUUAACCCAGCCCACGUCUUCUCCACCUCGGGCUUCCCCCAAGUCACCACAGCAAUCAGACCCCUUGUUCACCUCCUCCAACCAUCCUCCUCCUCCUCCUCACCAUCAUCCUCCUCCUCCCCCACCCUCUCCACCGAAGCCCCACGCGACCUCCUCCCCACCUUCGAAUCCCUCCUCGCGCUCACAAACCUCGCCUCGGCCCCCCCUUCCUCAUCCUCCUCAUCCUCAUCCUCCUCGCCCCCUUCUGCCGCAUCCCUAAUAACCCGCCUCGCCUUCCCCACAGUCGAAGACCUCCUCCUCUCCUCAAACACCCACCUCCAACGCGCCGCCACAGAACUCACCUGCAACCUGACAACCUGCCCCGACGCCAUCGCCAAAUUCGCCGAUGGAACCCCGCGCGCCGCCCAGCGGCUGCAUAUCCUCCUGGCCCUAGCUGAUGCGCGGGAUCUGCCCACGCGGAGGGCGGCGGGAGGUGCGUUGGCGGUGCUAACGGAGUUUGAGGGCGUUGUAGAAGCAGUGUUGGCGAGGGAGGGGGGCGUGGAGGUUGUGUUGGGGAUGUGUAAAGAGGGUGAUGGGGAUGGGGGGGUGGAGAUGGUUCAUCGAGGGCUUGUCUGUGUGAGGAAUAUGGGAUGCUGUGAAGAGGAAGCGGGGAGAAAGGCGCGGAGGGUGUUGAAGGAGAAAGGCGCUGUGGAUGUGUUGAGGGGUUGUUUGGUUGGGGGUAUCGGUGGUGGAGGUGGGAAGGGAACUGCUGCUGGAGGGGAAGGGAUGGGGGAGGAGGUGUUGAGGUGUGGAGUGGAGGGACUAAGGGUUUUGGUUGAAGGUUGAGAUAGUUGAUGCUCUAAUUUGUUUUGUCGGUCUUCCCUCCUCUUUCCUUAAUUUUGCGUAUGGCUGUUGUCUAUGUUUGAUUGAUUCAAUUGCGGUGUAUUUUUAUUUGUUUGUUUGAUCUGAUCUGAUUUCCUAUAUUUCUUGUUUUCUUUUUUUCUUUCUUUCUUUCUCUUUUUUUUCCCCCCGGUUUGUAUGGGAUCUGUUCAUCUGUUUUCCCCCUCGUUUAUUAUUUGCUGUUUUAUUCUUCAUGGGUCUGUUCAUUCUAUCCCCCAUUUUCUUAUACCAGAAUAUUUUGUUGUACUGCUAGUUCUUUCAUAUUUAUUAUUGUUUCUCUUUAGUUAAGGGGUUUAGAUAGGUAGGGCAUGGAUUUCUGCUGUUCAUUUCUGGGAUUUUCUCAUUUUCUCGUUUUCAUUUUCUAUCUUUUUAUUUUGUGUUUCUCUCUUCUCUGAGUUUUUCUCAAAUUGGUUUUGUUCCCGUUUUAAUUUCCCCUCUUAAUAUGUUAUGGGAUGGAUUACUCCACUUAAUUCUUUUUUCCCCUUUUUAACGAUGGCAUUUUUACACCACGGAGCUCCACUUGGUUGACUGCUUCAAAGUUCAAAAACUCUUCUUCCUUCAUCAUGCACGGUCUUGUUCCUUGUUAUUUUUUGGUCGUUGCUCAAUGUCAACAACCUAACGCGGCAGUCAGGAGUUUGUAGAAAUUGAGAAUAUAUAUAUACAUGGCGCUGCAACAAUUCACCUCGUUCUUACAUUCAUAUAUUCUCGAAAUUGAAGUUAGAUGAGCUUCUUCCUCCGCCCCCCCCCCUCCUCCUCCUCCUCCUCCUUUCUUCUUGGUUGGAAACAUUUCACAUAUCCUAGUUGCCCGAUGACUGGGAAUAAUAAUAAUGCAUAAUGCGUACAUUCUGUCCUUGCCUUGGCAGAAGCCGGGGAAGGUGGGACAGUGGCUUAGGACUGGCUUAAAUCUGUGCACCGAGACCACGCAGCACAGCAUAUCUGGGCAUUCCAGGAUGAUAUUGCUUAAGUUACAACCU